AUGCGAGUUCUUCGCGCCGAAGCCGGCAAUGAACUCAUGCGCAGCAUCGGUGACUCCAUUCGAGAGGGGGCUGGGGCCUUUCUGCGCCGCGAAUAUAUGUCACUGCUCCCCUUUGUCAUAGUGGUUGCCGUGGUGCUGGGCGUGCUGGACUACACUAUCUUUGACCACGACCUGCCCGUACCCGCGACGGCCAUUUCGUACCUGGUGGGCAGCAUCUGCUCCGGCACCGCCGGGUUCAUUGGUAUGAGCGUGGCUGUGCGGGCCAACGUCCGAACCGCCGCGGCCGCCAUGACUGGGCUGAAUCCGGCUCUGCGGGUUGCCUUCUCCAGUGGCACGGUUAUGGGCGUUACGGUGGUGGGCAUCUGCCUGCUGGGCGUUUCCAUUCUCUACCUGAUUUUCCAGAACAUCAGCGUCGUUGCCGGAUUCGGGUUCGGCGCCAGUUCCAUCGCCCUGUUUGCCCGCGUGGGCGGCGGCAUCUUCACCAAGGCCGCGACGUAG